CUUGAAGACACAACCUUUUGCCAAGCUUGAUCUGGAAAAUGAUCCGAACAUGUGCCCUAUCGGCCGUUCGUGAUCAGGCACCCCACAGGAGCUUGAUCACCCAAACCGUGAAGAAAAGCACCAAAUCUUAUGGUUGUGCACUCCGGAAUAUUGGCAAGGCUGCGGGUUUUGUCGCAAUUGGAUGCUUGCGUCGUGUACGUCCUUGUGUUUUGCGACGCUCAAUGGAGCACUGCACUAUGAAGGCAAUUUCGCGCUCCAAGUCCGACUCCAACUCCAAGCUCUCUGAAGAAGUUCAGGAUUGGACACAUUGGCAAAGGCCAAAGCCAGAUCCAAAGCACGAGAUUCCGAAGAACGCCAGAGGACCAUCUGGUUUCUCAGGCUGAAGUCGGGGUCACUGAGCCAUUGGGAUUCUUCGAUCCGGCUGGUUUUUGCUCCAAAAUUGACAAGAUCAAAUUCCGUCAAUACCGCACCUCCGAGCUGAAGCAUGGCCGCAUCGCUAUGCUGGCAGCUGUAGGCCUUAUUGGGCAGCACUAUCUGCGUUUUCCUUUUGCCGUGUUCGACGAGCUUCCCAAUGGUGUUGGUGCAGUGUACGAAGUGUCCUGAACUUGAGACAUUUUUCGAACUUCCGAGUGCUUUCCGCUUCCCAUCAGUCUAGGCCCGGACAGAUUGGCCUCUUCACCCUCUUCGGGGCCAGAUGAGUUGAAAACGAGCUAAACACAACAAAGUCCUUUGACAUCCAUGCAGCAAAACUUUGGUUCUUGUCUUUCCUUUUUCGAACAAGGUUGCGCUGCUUCCAGAGUUCAGCACGCCAGACGCAUCCAGAGAGGUUGGCGACUUUGGAGAUCCGCUUGGUUUCCAGCAGUUGACCUUCGGCUCCGACCUCCGAGACUUGCGAAAUCGAGAGCUGAACAACGGAAGGUUUGCCAUGUUUGCUACUAUUGGUAUUGUGGCAGCAGAGUUGGCAACAGGCAAAGAUGCAGUGGAGCAGCUUGGCUUUAAGUGAGAAAACCCUGCCCAAAGCCGCGGA